CUUUCUUUCAGUUCUCCUUCUGUAGCAUGAGGUGUCUGUCUGUCCUCUGAAGAGGAUUUACAUAACAGUCUAGAAGAGAGAGUAAAGCUUUGUAAGAAGUCAUGGAGGUGCUGGUGCUGAUCGCCUUUGAGGGCACAAUGGGAGAUGAGAUGACGGUGCAGGUGGGAGACGUAGUGACGAGUGUCACCAAUGCCAGCGAGGAGGGCUGGCUGGAGGGGGAACUGAGGGGCAAGAGGGGCAUCUUCCCCUCUAACUUCGUCAAGGAGGUGCCAGUGUUUUUGAUAGGUGACAGCAAGAGGGAACCAAGAAGCCUACGGAAAUCAAUGAUGAUUAAACAAACAAGGAAGUGUGAGGUGGCCUUUGCCUACACUCCCUUGAAUGAGGACGAGCUGGAGCUGGUUGUCGGGGAGACCAUUGAGAUCCUCAGAGAGAUUGAAGAUGGGUGGUGGAUGGGAAUGAAAAGUGGUAAAGUGGGAGCGUUUCCAUCAAACUUCGCCAAAGAGAUAUUUGUCUCUCCAAAAGAUGUCAAGCAUAACGAGGGCAAAACAAGACGCAAACUCUCAGAUACAAUGUUUAGUAAAGAGACAAAGCUACCUCAGAGGACGAGUGUUAGGAACAAAACAAAAAAUUUGAAAGAAUGUUGUCAAGUCAUGUUCGACUAUCCAGCCUUGACCGAGGAUGAGUUAAAUCUAAAGAAGGGAGACAUUGUUACAAUCAUCACCAAGGAAACAGAGGACGAGGGCUGGUGGGAGGGAGAGAUGAACGGACGCAGAGGUUUUUUCCCCGACAACUUCGUCAUGGUGAUACCGACGACAGACGGUCUCCAAUCUGGGAGCACCAGCCAACCACCUGCACGCCGUGGCACGGAAAGACGCUCAGUCAAGGCAGAGGGUUCAGCGAUGGAGAAGAGCAGCCCUGCAAAAGCAAAAGAUGAGAAACCAGAGAGUAAAGACCUGAGAAGCAACCCCCCAACCAAAGUCAAGCUCCCUGCUCCAAGUAGACCUGCACAACCACCUCCAGUGAAGGACAAGCCUCUGAAGUUUGGUAGUAGCAAAGCCAAUGGCGAUCUCCCUCCCCUUUCACCAAAAAGUUCAGAGGACAGCAACUCGGACCAGUUUGACGGAGUGGACGUGUCCCCUGAGAAACUGAGUCACCCCACAGCCAACAGAGCCAAACCCCCACAGAGACGACCUCCAUCAGCCCUCGUCAUCAGUCCACAGGCUCUGAGUGGCAGGGACCAGACAGAAGCAGAAAAAUUGCCUAAACUGCUGGAGAUUUCAGAAAGUCAUUCACCACCAUCCAAGCCUGAGCAUCCUACCAAGAAUCCAGUACCAUCCAGGCUAGCACUUCCCAAGGCUGUAUUGGAGGCCAGGGCAACCCAGGAGGAGAAGCCUUGUCUGGACAGCUUACACGCUGAGGUCAGGGAGCUGAAGAUGGCUCUGGAGCUGCUGCAAAACAGACAUGAACGAGACAUACAGGAAAUGAAAGAGGAACUGAGAGACGAGAGAAACAAACGUGUGGCGCUGCAGGAGGAGGUACAUGGUCUUAGGACUAAACAUUAAUCCUAACUGACACCAUGACCGGGCGGUACAUCUAAGUAAGGCUCUGUAAUGUCAUUCCCUUGAACACAAACUUGAAGUGAAAUUAAAAUGUUCCUGGCAUUGGAGUGCAAGAGCAGAUAGAAAUGAUGCAUAUCUGCUUCCUUUGCAGACAAACCAGCUGAGGCCACAUUAAGGGCUGGAAUCAAUCCGUAUCGCUGAAGUAUCACGGAAGAUCCGCUUUAUAGCUCGAUCAAAAAUGUAAAGGCAAUGUUCCCGCGUUUGCAUUUAAGGUAAACGCUGCAUCGCAAAUUACCUUUAAAGGGAUACUUUGGGAUUUUGGCAAUGAAGUCUUUUAUCUACUUCCCCGGCGUCAGAUGAACCCGUGGAUACCAUUUUUAUGUCUCUGUGUGCAGUUUGAAAGAGUUUGCUAACUAGCGUUAGCUCAAUUUCUAACUAGCGUUAGUGCAAUGACUGGAAGUAUCUACUAUCAUGCUAGUAGAUACCAUAGACUUCCAGCCAUUGCCCUAACCCUAGUUAGCAUUGGCUCACAAAACUACCUCUAACAUUGAGUUCAUCUAACAUUGAGUUCAUCUGACAUUGAGUUCAUCUGACUGGGGAAAUGGAUAAAGGGCUUCAUUGCCAAAAUCCCGAAGUAUACCUUUAUAUUUUAACACGGACCUUCCGCGAUACUGUCGCGAUAACGAUUGAAUACAGCCCUAGAUUGUACUCUUCCAUUUUGUUUGAGGGCAUUCUGGACUUGAUUGGCAAGGGACCAAAAUUGGCAAGGGGCCAAAAUGCUUUGUAUAUAUCGACCAAAAUACUUUGUAGCCGGGAUUCAAUUCAAGGUGGGUUAUAGCGCAGUGCACAAUACAACUGACAAUGUGCCUUUUAAAAAGGACUUUCCCCCAAUAUUUACAUGGUAAACACUGCACACGUUGGACCAAGCCUAAAUCACUUUUAAAAGUAUGUUAUAGUGUGCCGUGCUUUAACACGGCACACUCAAUGCCUUGCAUUGAAUCCCGGCCUUUGGAUAGAAAAUAUGUUUUAUUUUAUAUUGAUGAUAUUGUAUAUUUCAUUGAAAGAACAACACCACCAGAAAUUACAGAGGACUGGUUUUAUACAUUGAAUGUGGGCCAUGUUUCUCAGUGAUUAUUUUCCUGUAAAAGCAUAUUUCUUAUUUUUAUGAGCAUGUUUGGGAAUAUUUUGAAGCAUAGUGUUCGCGGAACAUGAGUCAACUGAGCAAACUACUUGUAUCUUUUGUGUAAACUGCCAUUGUAUAUAAGAUCAACUAUUUUGUGUCUCUUUUUUAAAAUAUAAAAUAGAACCUGUCCAAAAUACUCCAGUGACUCAGCAACUAUUCUGCAAUGCUGCAUGCAUCCAUUGGGAGGCACUUUUGUACUACUGUUGUGAAUUCAGUGCUGCAUUGUAUUUGGCUUUCAGUCCACAAAAACAAAACUAUAUAAGUUAAUUCUGUAUAAAUUAACCCUUUUCUCAUUUUUGGAUGUGUCUUUUAGAAUAGGUGCCAGGGGGUCACACUUGUGAUCUAAAUGUUAAAUUAGUCAUAUAAAGGACAAAGUGAAACCACAGACAUGAAAAUACAAACACACUGAAAUUAAGUGAUCCGCCAGUGAAGCAUGUCGGUAUUAUACUUUUGCAGCUGGAUAAAAGUGGUUGCGUCAGUCACACCAGAACAUUAACUUAUAGCAUACUGAAACUGAAAACAAGUUGACUCAUCACAAUGAACAAAAAUAGAGGAUGAAGGAAGAAAAACAAGGAGAGAUUUACUGUCGGAUAUUUGAUGAGAUAUCAGUAUUUGUUGUUACCAUUUUAGGCCUUUGUCUUCUCUUGAGUGAGUCCUAUAGAUCUGUUUCCCCCAUCUCGGCACUAGCGACAUGCUUCUGGCAUGGCCCGGGAAGUCUGUGAGCUGGAAAGCACAUCUGGAGAGCAUCUGGAACACAUUAGAGUGGGCUUCUGAAACUGCCAUGGGAAAAAACUAUUUUUAAAAAUGGCAUUGAAUACACGUGAUCGAGUGCAAAUUCCCUCUCGGGCUAAAACUGCUAGUAUAACAUGAAAUAAACUAAAGUAAAUAAAUAGGGUUUGUUGGUA